AUGAAACUUAAAAUUGCCUAUAUUGUACAAGAUGACGAGUUCUUUGACAAACUCACUGUACGAGAACAACUGAUUUUCAUUGCUAGACUUAAAUUACCUUGGCAUUUAGCUGAAAAACAUGUGCAAUUACUGGUUAAGAAAUUAUAUUUACAGAAAUGUAUAAAUUCACCGAUAUAUUUAAUCAGUUACGGUGAAAAGAAACGUCUUAGUAUUGCGACAAAACUGUUAACAAAUUCAUCAAUUUUAGUAUUAGAUGAACCUACAAGUGGUCUUGACAGUACUUUAGCUACAUCAUUGAUUCAGUUAUUAAGAAACUUAGCUAAUGACCAAAGAAAAACAAUUGUUCUUUCAAUUCAUCAGUCAACUUCACAGAUAUUCCAAAUAUUUGAUCAAGUUAUGCUCAUAUCUGAAGGCAGAAUAGUUUUUAUGAAUAAACCCCAGGCUGCUGUCCCGUAUUUUACAUCACUUGGUUAUCAAUGUCCUGCUUACUUCAAUCCAGCUGAUUAUAUGAUAGCUGUCAUUAGUACGACCGUUUUAGCAUUAAAAUUCGUUAAAGAAAAAAAUAAACGACAAUAA